GACCCGGAAGAGGAGCUGGAUGCGGCCGCGAGCGCCGCUCACGCAGCCUCCACUGCCACUACUUGAUUUUAUUCUUGUUCUGAGGAGGGUGUAAGAAUGCGCUAUGGACCCUACUGCAUUGGUGGCCGCUGUUAUGGAAGAACUGGCCUGUCCGAUCUGCAUGACCUUCCUGAGGGAGCCUGUGAGCAUUGACUGUGGCCAUACCUUCUGCCACAGCUGUCUCUCUGGACUCUGGAAGGUUCCAGGGGAAUCCCUGAACUUGAGUCACACAUGUCCCCUUUGUCGGGCUCCUAUUAAGCCAAAGAACUGGAGGCCUAAUUGGCAGCUGGCCAGUGUUGUAGAAAAAGUCCGACUAUUAGGGCUACCUGCAGGAAUGGGGCAGAAGAACAACGUGUGUGAGCAGCAUAAAGAGCAGCUCAAGGUGUUCUGCAAAGACGACGGCCUUAUCAUGUGCGAGGUGUGUGGCCAGUCCCUGGAGCAUGAGACCCACCAUGUUGUACCAAUGGAAGAUGUCUACUGGGAGUAUAAGUGGAAACUCCAUGAGACUCUGGAAAAUCUGAGGAAAGAGCAAGAAAAGGCCUGGAAGCUGGAAGUUGAUGAGAAGAAACGAACUGCCACCUGGAAGAUGCAGGUGGAAACCCGGAAACAGAGCAUCAUGUGGGAGUUCGAGAAAUAUCAGCGCUUACUAGAGGACAGACAGCCCGCGGACCGGCAGCUUGAGGCAGAGGCAGCCACGGCUCUGGCCCUGCUGGAGCAGGAGAAGGGGGAAACCCUGCAGAAGCUGGAGCAGAGUCGUGAGGGGCUAGUCCAGCAGAGCCAGGCCCUGUGCAGGAUGAUUGCCGAGCUGGAGGAGAUGACCCAGAAGCCUGUUCGCUGGAUGCUGCAGGGUAUUCAGGAAGUUUUAAACAGGUGUAGGUCCUGGACUCUGCAGCCACCAGAGCCAGUCUCCCUGGAGUUGAAAACGGAAUGCCGCGUGCAAGGCCUGAGAGAGAUCCUGAGGUCCUAUGCAGCUGAUGUGCGCCUGGAUCCAGACACCGCUUAUUCCCGGCUCAUUGUGUCAGAGGACAGAAAGUGUGUGCACUAUGGAGACAGCCAGCAGGACCUCCCAGACAACCCCGAGAGAUUCUACCGCUACAACAUCGUCUUGGGUAGCCAGCGCAUCUCCUCGGGCCGCCACUACUGGGAGGUGGAAGUGGGAGACCGGACUGAGUGGGGCCUGGGAGUGUGUACAGAGGAUGUCGAUCGGAAGGAGGAGGUCUACUUAUCCCCCCGCUAUGGAUUCUGGGUGAUCAGGCUGAGGAAGGGAGAUGAGUACCGGGCAGGCACCGAGGAGUACCCACUCCUGUCCUUGGCAGUCCCACCCCGCCGAGUGGGUGUCUUCCUAGAUUAUGAGGCCCAUGAUAUCUCCUUCUACAACGUGACAGAUAAUGGCUCCCACAUUUUUACUUUUCCUCACUGUCCCUUCCCAGGGCACCUCCUGCCCUAUUUCAGUCCUUGUUACAGCAUUGGAGUCAACAACACGGGUCCUCUGACCAUCUGUUCCUUGGACAUGGAGGACUGAGAGAGCCUCCCUUUCAGCCAGAGAAAUCAGAAUUUGUUUAUCCUCAAGGUUCUUGGAGAAGACCUCUGAACCAGCUUCCCCUUGAAUUAAGCCAGACCUAGAAUCCAGGGCUUCCCCUGCCUGGCCCAGUUGUCUGUGAUGCUGGCCAAAGUUUCUCAGUAAAUCACUCAUGUAAAGAAACUGACACUCAGACGGGCCUUGCACCCCUGAGGAAAAUGUGACAGAGCUGAUGGUAAGGAACAGACUAGUUCUAAGAACGAGAACUCGUUCCAUUCUGUACAUCAUAGUCCUUUUCCCCACCUUGUUUUGUUGCAUAAACACAAACUGAAUAAUUUAUUCAGUGAAAAUGAUGUAGUUGCAACCUUUAGGUAACCCUCUGACUAGGGUUUUCCAACAAAGCACAAUAUUUAGUUGUUUUUCUAAAACUAGUUUGACAAAACUUCACCCGUGGUUUGCUGCUACCCAUUUCUUGGGGUUGGAGCAAUAGUACAGCAUGGAGGGCAUUUGGCUUGCACACAGAUGACCCAAUUCAAUUGCCAGCAUCCCAUAUGGUCACUUGAGCCCCGCCAAGACUGAUCCCUGAGCACAGAACAAAGAGACAGCCCUGAACACAGCUGGGUGUGGCCCAGAAAGAAAAAAAAACUUUAAACAGCGUUAAUGCCACAGAUUAUUUCACACAAGACUGCUGAAAGAAGAAGAUUGUAAUGAUUUUAAAAUGUUUACACAUACAUAUGAA